CCCGCCAUGGCUCCCACCAUCCAGACGCAGGCGCAGCGCGAGGAGCCCGGGCACAGGCCCAGCUCCCACCGGACGCUGCCUGAGCGGUCAGGGGUUGUGUGCCGGGUCAAGUACUGCAACAGCCUCCCUGACAUCCCCUUUGACCCCAAGUUCAUCACCUACCCCUUCGACCAGAGCCGGUUCGUGCAGUACAAGGCCACGUCGCUGGAGAAGCAGCACAAGCACGACCUACUCACAGAGCCUGACCUGGGCGUCACCAUCGACCUCAUCAACCCCGACACGUACCGCGUGGAGCCCAGCGUGCUUCUGGACCCCGCAGAUGAGAAGCUGCUGGAGGAGGAGAUCCAGGCACCCACCAGCUCCAAGAGGUCUCAACAGCAUGCCAAGGUGGUGCCAUGGAUGCGCAAGACUGAGUAUAUCUCCACUGAGUUCAACCGCUAUGGGGUGUCCAAUGAGAAACCCGAGGUCAAGAUUGGGGUCUCGGUGAAGCAGCAGUUCACAGAGGAGGAGAUCUACAAGGACCGCGAGAGCCAAAUCGCGGCCAUCGAGAAGACCUUUGAGGAUGCUCAGAAGGGGAUCACGCAGCACUACAGCAAACCCCGUGUGACCCUGGAGGUGAUGCCCGUGUUCCCUGACUUCAAGAUGUGGAUCAACCCCUGUGCCCAAGUGAUCUUCGACUCGGACCCCGCACCCAAAGACACGAGUGGCGCGGCUGCACUGGAGAUGAUGUCCCAGGCCAUGAUCCGGGGGAUGAUGGACGAGGAGGGGAACCAGUUCGUGGCCUAUUUCCUGCCCGUGGAGGAGACGCUGCGCAAGAGGAAGCGGGACCUGGAGGAGGAGAUGGACUAUGCCCCCGAGGACGUGUACGACUACAAGAUCGCCCGGGAAUACAACUGGAAUGUGAAGAACAAGGCGAGCAAGGCUAUGAGAGAGAAUUACUUCUUCCAUCUCC